AUGGGUUGUAGGAGUUUCUCAUUCAUUUUAACCCUUCUCAUUCUAACAUUUGCAUCCAUGAUCAUUGAUUCAAGGGUUGCAGAGGCACGCAUCCUGCCAAAAUCAGCCAUUCCAUUGCCUUCCAAAGUUGCUUUACCUAAUCUGCCAGUGCCAGUGCCACUACCACAAGUCCCAAACCUGCCUGUUCCUCUUCCUGAAGUGCCACUUGUUCCACUCCCAAAUGUUCCUCUUCCUGAAGUGCCACUUCCUAAUCUGCCAGUUCCUGCCGUGCCACUCCCUAACUUGCCAAUACCCAAGCUAACAGUUGAUGGCGUGAAAGUACUCCCAUGA